UCCGUAGAUUUCGCCUUUUGAGCCACAUCCAAGGAUUGGCAACUGUCAAGUGACAUCAUUCACAUAACCUUAAUUUGUAAAAAUCUUUUGCAGUUUGUAGUAUAAAAUUUUGACCGUCGUAAUGGCAGAUCCUAAAUAUGCCGACUUACCAGGAAUCGCUCAUGGAGAACCUGAUACGUACGCAACUAAUGAUCUACCGGAAUCCGAUCAAACCUCAGAUUUUUACGAGGAAGAAAACAAUGCAGUUGAUCAUAUAGAUAUUUCACCAAACGAGGCGUUUAACAAAUUCAAAGGCAAAUCUCUUAAUGCGAACAUGGCCGAUUUUUCCGAGAGGAUUAGUAGACGUAUCCGAACUGGUUAUGAUGCUCUUACAGGCGACUAUGAGCUUGCAGGACAAGGGCAGUGCGAGACUCCCUUGCAGAAGUAUCAAAGAUUGAAAUGUGAAAUGCAAGAGCUUUUUGAAGAAGUUGACAAGUUUAAAAAUGAGAAGAACGUUGAUAAUAAUUGUUUAGUUACGACUGAACAGUUGCAGCAAGCUUUAGAAAAAUUAACCGAUAUGAAACUGGAAGAAAAUUUGGGGGAUGAUGUAAUAUCUAGUAUAGUAGAUCCUCAAGGAGCGCAAGUCAAGAAGUUAUUGUGCCAACUUGAACAGUUCAAGGCGAGCAUUAUUGAAGCCCCCGAAUCCCAUACCCAAAGUGAUGACAAUGCGAUAGCCUAUCAUUUAUAUUAUAAGCCGGAACAAGGACGUUUCGCUCAUACCAAUCGUUUAGCUGAAUUAGAACACCGACUGCAUCGCUUGGAAACUGUUCUUGGUGCAUCAUCUGAGAAAUUGUCUCGUUUAUCCUCCAUGACUUCUAAAAGUAAUUUACUUGAGACGGCGCAACAUCUCAGUGCAACAGCAAGUAUGUUAGAUUCGGCUCAGUUGGAUCAUAUUGAAGGACGAUUGACUGCACUUAGUCAGAAACUUGAUUCUAUUUCGGAGAAACGAGCAAAAAUAUCGGACGACGCAAACAAAGAUCAAAUGAUUUUGGAAUUAUAUGAAAUUUUGAAGAAUACCGAAGGCUUUGCUAAGAUUCUCCCACAAACCAUCGAGCGUUUAAGUUCACUUGAAGCACUGCAUAACAAAUCCACCGACUUUACGAAGACUCUGACCCAAGUUGAAAAGCUACAGUCGGAAAUGUCGAACAGUAUCAACAAUAACCAAGCAUUACUUCAAGGCGUUCAAGAAAGCUUUGCAAUUAAUCUGGAGGAAAUCAAAAAGGCUAUAGUCAAUUUUGAUGAAAGAAUUAAAGCUUUAAAAAAGUAAUCUCAAAUAAAUGCUGCUUUUGGGUGUAGGCUUUUUCCUAACAUAAUAUUCGUUAAGUUAUUUUCUAAAAUGAUGUAAUUUAUUUGUGAAAUAGGUUAAAUAAUAAAGAGUUUUACAUGUAAGUUUAUUAAUGAGAA